AUGAUCCAGUAUAAAGAAUAUAAAUGCCCAUAUAAGCUCAUGUUGAUUACUCAGCUUUACAAUGCCAAUAUUGAUUCAUAUCUUGAAUUUAUUAAGAAGUGUGCAAAAGGUGGAAUAACUUCACUACAAUUGCGUGAAAAAGAUGCUUCUUCAGAAUUUUUAUUUGAAUUUGGGUGUAGAUUAAAGUCGAUUUUGGCGCCUUUUAAUAUUCCACUUAUAGUUAAUGAUGAUGUUGAGCUUGCAUAUAGGCUUGAUGCAGAUGGAGUGCAUCUUGGUCAUACCGAUGACAAUCCAGAAAAGGCACGAAAGCUACUAGGCUCAAGCAAAAUAAUUGGUCUUUCAAUUGAGUCGCUGGAUGAGUUAGAGAAAAUAAAUGAUCUAGAUAUAGAAGUAACAUAUGUUGCUGCAAGUGCAGUAUUUACAACUCAAACUAAAAGUAAUAUAAAAACCUUAUGGGGAAUAGACGGUUUAAAGAAAAUAGUUGCAUUGUCAAAAUAUCCAGUAGUUGCAGUUGGUGGCAUCAAUCAUAAAAAUAUAGCGCAGGUUAUUAAAACUGGUCUAUCUGGAGUUGCAGUUAUUAGUGCAAUUCAUGAAGCAAGUGAUCCACGGGAAGAAGUGCGACAACUACGUAACAUUAUCAAAGGAGCCUAA